UCAUAUCCGCCGUUUCAAUGUAUCCGACAGUAAAAAAGCUUCAUGUACGGUUUGGACAUUAGCGGCGGGGCCUUGUGCUUUCUGUGCCAAGUAAAGCCCGGUAUUUUUAUGUAGCUAGGAGGCUAGUUUCCAUACAAACCGAUGGCAUUAGCAGUAUGUGCUAAAGUUUUUCUGAAUUGUAUAGCGACGUUCCGUAUUAUUUUACACUUUAACAGAUUGGAAUAAAAUAAUAAUAAUAAAAAAGAAGGGGGUAGUGGUAGUGGUUGGCGUUUUUAGAUAACAUUGAUGAGUUAGCACCACUAGUGCUGGUGUUAGCAUGUAGCUAGGAGGCUCUCGCCCAUACAGAUCCCUACUUUACGUUUAAUACAUGUAACUAGUGCAUCACUGUAUUUACACGUUGACCUGGUUAAAAACAUGUCCGUAGUGUUUGUUUGUAGGUUUCUGAACAACCUUAGCUCCGUUAGCUGUCCUCGGCUCACAGCUCAGACCCUGAUCCGGUCCGGUCCGGUUCUUCCUCCUCUGCUCAUUAUAACCGGACAGACUCUUAGUUCCUCUUCAUCAGACUAAUUAAACGUAGGUUAAUUAGAACGAGGGCUGGCUCUGGUACGUUACCCCAGCUCUCCUACACAGUUUCUUUCUCAGUGAGAAUGUCUUCACUGUUUACACCAAUUCAUUUCCUUCCUCCCUGAAUGAGGUGAAUUCUUCUCUGUCUCCUUUCCUUUAAUAUCCUCUUCUGUUGCUUUUUCAGUAUCACAGCUGCGUCUGCUCAGGUGGCUGUUAAUGAAUCACAGUCUGUUCUUCCAUUUGUGGCUCUGGGCCUCGAGGGGCCUCUACUGUCUCACUGGAGGCUUUGUUUGAAGAUUGUCUCAUUGUGUUUCAGCAGAACUCAGACAUUCUCCAGACGGGAAGAGGAGUUCCCCUUCACUUUGAACACGUUUGCAUUAACUCAGUAACUGGUUCUUAACCUGCUUGCUUCCUUAUCUUGACCCACCUGUGCGGGAGCGCGUCGCAGCCCGAGAGCAGCUCCUGUUCGUUGCGUCAUGUCUCAGAACCCACAGUCGGACGGGGGUCAGAAACACUUCGCCGUGGGUCGGGGGCUCCUGGCCGCUGCAGAGAACUUGAACUUCAACAUGAAUGAGCAGCGUUCCAGCAGGCAGAUGGGGGGCAUGGCCUCGGGGGGGGCGAUGGGUGGUGGCGGCAUAGAGGGCCAGGAUGGCGGCGCCCAGAUGACCCGGCGUGGUGGGGGGGGCAAUCUUGGCAGCACCAUGAAGCUCUUUGCCAGUUUGGGGCUGUCGCCCUCCGACCUGGACACUCUGGCUGAAAUCCCUGAAGAGGACAUCAGCGUGGAGACGCUGCCCCAGAUCCUCAUGCAGCUCAAGAACCGCAAGGGGGACACAGGAGAGCGGCGGGCGGUGUCCUCCAUGUCGGCCAACGCUCCCUACCGAGGAGGAAGGGACGGCUGGGAGGAGCUGGGGAGGAUGAUGGAUGGUCCUUCUCGGGGUCAGGGUUCAGCCCGGGCUCAGCCCUCUGCAGACUUUGGGUUUAGCUCCCUACAGGACGUCUCCUCCAGCCGUGGCUACAGCUUAAAUUACAGCGGCGGCGGCGGUGGGGGGGGCAGAGAGAGGCCGUUCUCUAGUGGCAUGGGGCCGCCGGCGGACCCUGUCUUUAUGCAGAGGAGGAUGGGCUCCCCGUCAAACGGAAAAGUUCAAGACUUCUUGGGGGUCAUGCCUCCCAUGUUCCCCCACGUGUGCUCUCUUUGUGACUUUGACGUUCAUUCCACCAUGGAGUGGAACCAGCAUCUUAAUGGACUUCGUCAUGCGGAAAACCGACGGCAGCUUCUCAACAUGUAUCCAGAGUGGGACCCUGGCAUGUCCUCAGGCAGGAGUGGGAACAUGUCUCCAGGACUGCUGGGACCGUCCCCCAUAUCUUCAGGACAGACUGGAGGGAUGUCCAGAGGCUGGGGUCCAGGUCUGCCAGGGAAGAACCUUUCGGGUCAGAACAAGCCUAGAAGCAGGGUGGUGGUGGUGAAGUACGAGAGGAAGCCUCUGAGCAACAAGACCCUGUUCUCCUUCACUGAGCCCUUUGGAGUCCUCAGGGAACACCUAGUCCUCAAGAACAAGGCCUUCCUGGAGAUGAGCAGCCACGAAGAAGCUCAGGACGUGGUCAACUACUACGAGCAGAAUCCGGCGACUCUGUACGGCAAACCUGUGUCCUUCUACCUGUCCCAGAGGCUGGUCAUCCAGAAGGACCAGCCCAUGUCCGACCGCAUGGACAGACCAGGAAGGGACGAGGGCAGCAGCAAGGUGGUGUUUUUCUCCAACCUGCCCCGAGAGGACGAGAAGAAGAAGGAGCUGCUGACCAUCGCUGGACGCUUCGGCACCGUGGACAAACACCUGUUCCUCACAGACCAGGCGUUCGUCCAGCUGGGGACGGCGGAGGACGCUGAGAUGCUGGUCAAGUACUACAGCAUGAACCCUCUCACCAUCAAAGGGCGACUGAUCCGCCUCAACGUCUGCACCAAAUACAAAACCCUGAAUGUGAACCGGAGGCUGGGGGGGUCCGGAGGAGACCAUCAAGGUGGCAGGAGGAGAACAAACACGCCCGCCGCCUCCUCCUAUGGAGGCAGGAGCACCUCCUCCAGCUCCAGAACCUCCUCCUCCAAGUCCAGGACCAGGGAGGAGAAGAAGGAGGAAACAGAGGAGGAGGAGGAGGAGGAGGAGGAAGACAAAGACAAAGACAAAGUGAAGCCUGAGGAGAAACUGACGGUAGAGAUGGAAGAGAGGUCAGGAGAGAUGGAGGAGGAGGAGGAGGAGGAGGAGGAGGAGGUAACCAAGGAAAACCAAGAGAGGGAGGAGCCAGACAGAGAGGAGUCUGUGAAAGAGGAUGAGGAGGAAGAGGAGGUUACCAACGGCAACAAAGACACACCUGGAGACGUGGGUGGGGCCGAAGGUGAGUUCAACCAGCAGGGGGCGGAGCCAGAAACGGAGCCGGCUGAAACCGAAGCGUCAGCGACCAACGACAAACCCGAGGACAGAGAGGAAGCAGCAGAGAGUUCAGAGGCAGCCGAGGGAGGUCUGCCCGAUGACCAGGACUUCCUGGAGAACAUGGAGGACUUUGUGACACUGGAUGAACUGGAGGAAGAUGAAGAAAAAGACGAAGACGACUCCAUCGACGACACCAGACGAGGGGGGAAGCGGGUGGUCAACAUCGUCGGCUUCAGGCGAGGAUACAACUUCCUCAACGAGAUCCUGGCACUCGCUAAACCCUUCGGGAAGGUGGUCAAACACCUGGUGCUGGACCUGAAGCCUGAGGCGUUCCUCCAGUUCUCCACGGAGGAGGAAGCUCGGUCGAUGGCUAAGUUCUACAACAGUAAUGUGACGGCGUCGGUUUGUGGUCGAGCUGUGAGGGUCAAUCACUCCAUGAGCUACCCCACCAUCCAGUGCGGGUCCAGCCGGGUGGUCUACGUUGGGCAGCUGCCCACCACUAAGUUCUCGGACAUGUCGGUGCUGGAGCUGGCUCAGCCCUACGGGAAGGUCAGGAAGUAUUUCCUCAACAGGAUCAAGAGAGAGUGUUUCAUCGAGAUGGACCGAGCCGAGGACGCGGAGGGAAUGGCCGAGGCUUGUAAAGCCAAACCACCCAAGAUCAAUGGCAAACACCUGACGGUCUACGUCUGCAGGAAAUACAAGAAGCUCAAACACGGACACCGAUGUCCAACCAAGAGGGCGACCAGCAGCCCCCCUCCAGCAUCACAGCAAGAGCCCCCAGCCAAGAAGACGAAGGAGGAGACGGGACCAGAGGAGGAGAAGGAGGAGAAGAAAGAGGAGGAGAAGGAGGAGGAGGAAGGAGUCCAGAGCUGUGCUGUGAGCGGAGGUGAAGAGACAGAAGCAAAGAUUCCUGACGUUGGUGAAGAGAAGCCGAACUCCGAGGACCUGCAGGAGGAGAAACCACAGGAGGAGGUGAAGGAGCAGGAAGCUCCUUGUCCUCCUCAGAAUAAACCAGGAGUUGCUUCUCUACCGUUGCCACCGUACGACGCCGACAACCCCAUAGGUGUGGAACACGUGAAGAUGGGUUAUUAUUGCCGCGUCUGUUUCCUGUUUUACUCCAAUGAAGAAACGGCAAAGAAAACGCACUGUAGCAGCCAGACGCACUACGACAAGCUGCAGAAAUAUCUGGAGAAGGAGCAGAUGAAAGCUGAGAAGAAGAAGAAAAUGAAGAAGUCGACGUCAUGAGAAGCUUUUACUUUGGUUUUGCUUUGGUCUGUCGCUGCCUCUGAUUGGACGCUUCUCUCUGGGACUUUAAUAACAAGCUGUGAUGAAUCGUUCUCCAUCAUCAACAUUUUCCCGUCAACUUCAGUUCGUCUGUGUUCAAAUAUUUUUUUUUUUUAGUGAGAAUCAGCUGCUGAUUAUUUUUAGAGUUCACACUAGAAAAAACUUCUACAACAAAAACUGAAUGUUGUUUUUUGCUUCGUGAAUCGACGACUCAUCGACCAGGAGACGGUAGCUUAGCCUGUUAGCAUGGCUGUGUUUAAGCUUUAAGGUGGAACUAUUUCUUAGCUGUGUAUCCCUCCGCCCCUCGUUUGUUCUUUUAAUAAACCAGUUCCCUCAAAUACAA